AAUAGUAGGGAUGGCUUAGGGGUGAGGCCCGGCCCCCUGUCUCCCCUCCCUUCCCCCAGGUAUAAGAGCUGAGCUCAGGUGAGCUUGCUCCUCCUGUCUUGUCUCAGCAGCUGCCAGCAGGCAGAUCAUGCGCCAUCGGCUCCUCCUGGGCAGGCUGUAGGACACCGCAAGUCACCAAAGGACCAAGCACACCAGACACCAUGGGACAGUGUCGGUCAGCCAAUGCCGAGGAUGCCCAGGAAUUCAGUGAUGUGGAGAGGGCCAUUGAGACCCUCAUCAAGAAUUUUCACCAGUACUCGGUGCAGGGAGGGAAGGAGACGCUGACCCCCUCCGAGCUACGGGACCUGGUCAUCCAGCAGCUGCCCCACCUCAUGCCGAGCAACUGUGGGCUCGAAGAGAGAAUUGCCAACCUGGGCAGCUGCGACGACUCUAAGCUGGAGUUUGGGAGCUUCUGGGAGCUGAUUGGAGAAGCGGCCAAGAGCGUGAAGCUGGAGAGCCCCGCCCUGGGGAGCUGAAAACCUUCCCCUGGAAUUCUUGGGGGGAUGUGGGGAAAAGGGGACCUUAGAGACUGCGGGCCUGGAAAUAAAACUCCUCUC